AUGUCACAUUUGAGGCGUCGAAUCCCGCAAACUCUCCCUCCAGCCAAAGCCGCCUCGAGACCGCACCACUUUCCACCAGCAGGUAAAGUUUCGUCCCGUUGUUACGGGAUGUCAACUACAAAAAGCUGUACGUUGAAGACAAUCGAAUUGCAAGACCAUUUGACAGGCACAAUUGCAGGCCGAGACCCGAAGACUCAAAGACUCCAGGAUGGAAUUCCUCCGCAGCAGACCGGCUCUCUCAAGUGGCCGAGGCAACAACAGCAAUAUUGGCUGACGCUUCCUCUCCCCUUUGAUUGCAAGCAUAAAGUAGGUCCAGCGAUAUCAGCAAAGUUGCAGCAUGGUACAUGUGCUUUUUCUGCCCCCACAGCCAGCACACUUGACACUGGCGGCUGGAAUAAUAGGAUAAACUGGCCAGCCGUUGGCAAAAUGACGAUCCCGACUUUUCCAGACACUCAUAAGCCGGCAGAAGGGACCUCUUUUUUUCCACCAUCUGCCUUCAUUGUCAGCCAGACCGGGCGACCGGACCGAGUAAAGUGA